AUGCAUAUGUGCUAUGUGAGGCCUGGCUUGGUGACCGCCUUGAACGGAGGCGUUGGGUACGACAAGUGGGACCGGGGCGGGGGUGGGGGCGGGGGCGGCGGCGGCGGCGUCGGCGGCGGCGGUGGCGGCGGGGCGGGCGGGGGUGCGGGCGGUACGUGGGCGGGUCGCGAGCGCGAGCGCGAACGCGAACGCGACCGGGAACGCGAGCGGCAGGCUCGCGCGCACCAGAUGUCGCACGCGCACGCCGCCGAGCCGGAUGCCUCGUCGCUCUUCCCGGCACCUGUCAGAGUGACCGGAAACAGGGACCGUGUCAGCCAGCAGAUACAGAUCAAGCUCGGCGACUACCAUCUCGCGCAAACGUUGCUCGACGACCCCAGCAAAUCAAUAGGCAUUUGUGCGGAGCCACCCAGCCCGGCGCCAUGUCACACGUCCCGACGGGAGAGCGAGUUCAAAAAACCGGUGCACGCUCCACAGAACGGCCGUGCCCACCACCGACCGCCCUACCCCUACAACAAGAGCGAGAGCCUCAACUCAACGGGGGCGCCCGUACAUCGACCGCCCCCACUCCGAAUAUCCAAUGGCUUCCAACCACAGAGUUCCAUCGAUAGCAGUCAACCGCCAAUAGAAAGUAUUUUAAAGGAAAUGAAGUCCCUGCCAACCCCGCUGUCAGUGAUAGCAGCAACGCCGAGAAAGGAACUUGAGAACAAGUUUAUCUUCAACCCCUAUACUAAUAAGGUGCAAGAGAAUCCCCAACUCACAAACAACGAUCUCAAAACGCCACUAACAAAACCGGGUCUCGACAACCGGAUAUCUAAUUCGAGGAGUUCCGUCUCGCCUGAGGUGGUGAACAAAGACUUGGGCCUGUCGGAGAGUGACGAUGAGGUCGCUGCCACCACCACAAGGCUUGAACCAAUCCUCUCACCAAUCGGUUCCGGCGGUAGUCCGAGCUCGGGAAGCGAAACCUCCCCCUCGGAUUCCGAGUCGGAGUCCUCCUCCGCCGAAUCUACGGCGGCGUCGACGCCCGCCCCGGCUACCCAGCCAGCAGAAAGAGCGUCGUGGAGCUUGAGCAACUUUGCUCCACCGCCGGCUCAUCCACCAGAGCACGCCAGUUACGACACUGGGAAGGAGUUAAGGCACGCCCUCGCCGAUGUUAAGGGAAAACCAAGUCCAAUAUCGGAGUUAUCCGAUUCAGAGGCGUCCUCUCCGUCACCCAGCGCGACACGGCGGAGGAGAUCGGUUGCUAACCGCAUCUCCACUGCUUCCAGCGAUGAAGAUACUCCACGCUCUCAUAACACGGUGUCACCGGUGGCGACGAAUGCGGGGUCGAUGGGCCCCACGAGCACGGCGCCGGUGAAGCGUGGUCGACCCCCCAAGCCGCGCACCUCCGAGGAGCGGCCGGUGAAGAAGAAGCGGGGCCGGCCCCCCAAGCGGCCCGCUUCACCCGCGCCCGCCGCAGCCCCCGCACCCCCCGACAGCGACACCGAGCCCGACCCCCCGCACCACCACGCGCUGCAGGACACCAAGACGCAUAUAUUCCGAAAGGUUUUCACUCCAAAAAAAGGUGACGAAUGCGGAGGUAAGGGCGGCAAGGGGGGUAAAGGCAAAGGAGGCAAGGGUAAGGGUCAAGUGACGAUCAUCGAAGUGACCGCCCCGGAGUCCGGCGCCGACGACGAGGAUCGAAGGCAUCGAGAACGUUCCAACGAACGGCGGAACGAAGAAGCCAUCGCCAGGGUCUCCCCACCACAGGAACCGGAAACGUUAACCAGGAGAAGAGAAGCGGAAAGAAUAGCAAACGAAAGAAUACAGGAGCGUAUGUCAAUUGAACGGUCCGACCAUCGCCGUUCCGUUGACAGAAUCCCAGAUCGACAUACGGAGCGAACGUCAAACGAUCGCAUACCGUCGGAUCGAAUACCUAACGAAAGGCUACAACCCGAUCGUGCGUCAAGCGAUCGCUUUCAAAACGACCGAAAAUCUAGUGAUCGUUCACAAUCAGAUCGAAUACCAGAUAGAAUGUCCAUUGAUCGAUCAGAGCGUAUGUCCAACGAUCGAUUACCUGAUCGAACGGUUAACGAUCGCUCCCAAAUUGAACGGAGCGAUCGAGUACCCUCAGAUCGAAUAUCAAAUGACAGAUUGUCGGAAAGACUAGCGACGGAUCGACUAGCGCCCGAAAGGUUGGCUAGUGAUCGGUUACAGAUGGAGAGGUUAUCUAACGAUCGGAUACCCUCGGAGAGAUUACCUACAGAUCGGUUACCAACGGAUCGGUUACCUACGGAUCGGAAGACAAACGAUCGGAUACUUCCGGAUCGGUUAAGUUCGGACAGAUUAUCGAAUAACGACCGGUUAUCAACGGAGAGGUUAGCGGUUGGGCUUUCAGCUAAUGACCGGCUAUCGUCAGAGCGAAGGUCAAGUGAAAGACUGUGUAGUGAAAAGAUGACAAUCGAUCGACUUUCCGGCGACAAGUUAGAUCGGUUGUCGAGUGACAAGUUGUCGCACGAUCGACUUUCUGGUGACAAGUUGUCGAUGGAGCGCUCAACGAGUGAAAAAACAAUGCUUGAGCGGAUACCAAGCGAUAAAUUGACGUUGGAGAGGUUCGUGUAUGCAGAAGCAGACGUCGGUUCGGGGCUGAAAUCUGGUCGGGGCUCCGAAAGGUUGGAGGAAGCAUCGUCCAAUGUGUCGGUCGGGCGAGCACGAAGUCGCGUGAUGGUGCGCGUGCCGCUGAGCCGGCUGCGCGCCGACACGCUGCGCGCGCUGCAGCGGCCGCCGCGCAGAGUGGCCCCGCCACGCCGCCCCACACCCACGCACCAGGGUGUGGAAGUGGCGAGCGUGACACAGGAGCGAGCAGCUGUCGGUCAGACGCCCAUUUACUACUCGUAUUUCGAACGACUGCCCGCAGACGCGCUGUCGGACGAAGAACGUGACCACAAGUAUUACCUAAGCGAAGCGGCACGUCUCCGAACUGCGGCAGAACGGGAACAAGAGCCAUUAGCUCGCGUCAUGCUAUACCUAGAGUCAGUACUGUGCUUCGUUCUAACCGGUCGAGUGCUGGAGCUAGAACUUGACACUAAACGCGCUUUCACGAUAUAUCGGGAAACAAUCGAGUAUAUAAAAUCAAUACACUCGAUGCCGCAACGAUUUCGCGCUUCGCCGCAUUCCACCUUUAGUUCAACAUUCAGCAAGCUCGAUAUAUUAAGUCUCCGAGUGCAAGCGCUAUUGUAUCUGCGGAUGUUCAAAAUGUACAAUCGUGAAGUGAAGGAAUAUAACAAGAUUGUGCAGGAAUAUCAACAGAAGGUUGUGUUGUGUGCGCAGCCGGCGUGCGCGGAGUCGGUGCCGGCGGUGUCGCCGCUGUCGCCGACGCCGUCGCCGGCGGGCUCGGCGGGCUCUGCGGGGUCGGCGGGGUCGGGGUCGGUGGGGUCGGGCGGGUCGGGCGCCAGCGCGUCGUCGGGCUACUGCUCGCUGGCGCACGCGGUGCCGGCGCACGCGCACCACGCGCUGCUGCAGCUCACCAAGUACUACACCUUCCUCUACGUGGCGCACGACCUCUGGGAGCAGGCCGACGCGCUCUGCCGCCUCAGGCCCAACCAAGAGCUGUUCAUAGCGGUGGACCGGAAAUGCGGUCCGCUGACGUUGUUCUCGACGUUCCGGCACCUGGUGCAGUACGUGCGCCACGCCAUCGCGCUGCUCAAGAGCGCCGCGCGCGAGUGA